GAGAGCAUGAGUACUCUGAGUUUAUGAUACCACCAGCAUACACACUAUCAGAACAGUAUCACGUCAGUUACUGUAGGACAACAGACCAGAUUGCUUUCACAGCAGACAGACACUGAGAGAUUGAACCAGUGAUUGCAAGAAGAAGAAAAGGAAGAAGAGACGGCACAUCGCGGGACGGACAAUAGCAGCCAACCAGAAGAGUGUGAAGUUUCCGAGCCUCACUUCCUCUGCUUGGUACCUCAGAGGUCAUCUAACGAAAAAAGUUCUGAGAUGAUCCUGGAGGUCUGCCUGAUCCUGUGGCUGACAGGUCACGGGGUGAAUGCAGUAUUCUCACAGCAGCCUCAGGACUUGGUGGUAGUAGCUGGUCAACCCGUCACACUACCCUGCUCCAUACCUGGUUACCAUGGUGUUGUGCUGUGGAUCAAAGAUGGCCUCGCUCUGGGCGUUGGAAGAGACCUUUCAGGAUAUCCACGUUACGCUGUGGUCGGGGAUCACGGAUCUGGUGAGCACCACCUGCGAAUCCAAAGGGUGGAGCUGAUGGAUGAUGCUGUGUUUGAGUGCCAGGCCAUCCAGGCUGCCAUGAGGUCCCGUCCCGCCCGACUCACUGUGCUAGUUCCACCGGAUGAUCCAGUCAUUAUCGGAGGGCCUGUGGUGAGCCUGAGAGUGGGAGACCCUCUCAAUCUGACCUGUCACGCAGACAAUGCCAAACCUGCUGCCUCCAUCAUCUGGAUCCGAAACGGAGAGGUGCUUAAUGGAGCCAUGUACUCUAAGACUCUUCUAAGAGACGGACGAAGAGAGAGCACCGUGAGCACCCUCUACAUUUCGGCAUCCAACACUGAAUCUGGACAGAAGAUCAUCUGCCGGGCCUCCAACAAGGCCGUGCCCAAUGGCAAGGAGACCAGUGUCACUAUUGACAUCCAACACUUACCUUUGGUUAAUCUAUCUGUGGAGCCUCAACCAGUUUUGGAGGGAAACCUUGUAAAGUUUCAUUGCUCAGCUAAAGCGAAUCCAACAGUCACCCAAUAUAGGUGGGCUAAAGGAGGAAGUGUGAUAAAGGAAGUGUCUGGAGACACUUAUGAGGUCAUUGUGGACCACUCAUUCUUCACAGAGCCAGUAUCCUGUGAGGUCACCAACCCACUAGGGAGCACCAACAUCAGUCGCAAUGUGGACGUCUACUUUGGACCUCGGAUGGCUGCAGAGCCCCAGUCUUUACAGGUUGACUUGGGGUCAGAUGCUAUUUUCAACUGUGCCUGGACAGGAAACCCCUCUUUAACGAUUGUAUGGAUGAAAAGGGGCUCUGGAGUGGUGCUAAGCAAUGAGAACAUCCUGACACUGAAAGCUGUCAGGCAAGAGGAUGCUGGGAAGUAUGUGUGCCGUGCGGUGGUCCCUCGCGUUGGUGCAGCAGAGAAGGAAGUUGCUCUCACUGUAAACGGACCUCCAACCAUCUCCAGCACACAGACCCAUCAGGCUCCUCAUGGCGAAAAGGGACAGAUCAAAUGUUUCAUCCGCAGCACGCCACCCCCAGACCGCAUUGCCUGGUCAUGGAAAGAGACUGUGCUGGAGUCGGGGACAUCAGGUCGCUACACGGUGGAGACUGUGAGCACAGAAGAUGGAGUGCUUUCCACCCUCACCAUGAGUAACAUUGUACCUGCAGACUUCCAGACCAUAUACAACUGCACUGCCUGGAACAGCUUCGGCUCCGAUACAGAGAUCAUCCGCCUCAAGGAACAAGAAUCUCUCCCUGUUGCUGUGAUCAUUGGAGUAGCAGUUGGCGCUUUCGUCGCUUUCAUCGUCCUCAUGGGAACUAUUGGAGCAUUCUGCUGCACGCGCUCUCAGAGAAAAGACGCUCACCUGGUUAUGCCUACUCUGCCAACCUCCAUCUGUGCUCAGCAGAGAGAACUUGCAAGCAAACUUAAGACAGAAAAUCUCAAAGGUGUGGUAUCAGCCAAGAAUGACAUUCGUGUGGAUAUUUUGCAUAAAGAUCACAACGCAGCGCGAGAAAACGAGGAGCACUCUGCUAUGAAACAGCUUAUGAUUGACCGUGGAGAGUUUCAACAGGAGUCUGCUUUGAAGCAACUUGAGGUACUUCAGGAAGAGGAGAAGGAGUACCAGCACAUCAAGGAUCCCACUAAUGGAUACUACAGUGUGAACACAUUUAAGGAGCAUCAUGGCACCCCAACCAUCACACUGGCAGGAAACCAAACCACCGAAAUCCGCCGAGAUCCUGGCACGGCCACCACCAGCAAGCAGCGCGUUCCCACAGGAAUGUCCUUCACCAACAUCUACUCUACCUUGGGUGCUGGGCCUAACCGCCUAUACGACUACAGCCAACGGUUUGUGUUGGGCAUGGGCAGCAGUUCCAUCGAGCUGUGUGAGCGAGAAUUCCAGCGGGGAUCGAUGAGCGACUCCAGCUCUUUCCUAGAUACACAAUGCGACAGCAGUGUCAGCAGUUACAGCAAGCAGGACGGCUAUGUGCAGUUUGACAAGGACAGCAAGGCCUCAGCCUCCUCCUCAUCCCAUUACUCUCAAUCAUCAUCCCAGAACUCAGACCUUACGCGGCCCCUGCAGAAACGCAUGCAGACCCAUGUCUGACCAGGGCUGGCUGGAGGUGGACAGAAGACAGAGGGUUAAAGGAAUCCAGAGCUGGGUUUAGCCAAAGGGGUUUGAAACCCCCCCAGACAAGUAUCAGGAACCAGUUCAAGCACAUCUAGCACACCAGUUUUAUUUUCUCCUCCACUUUAUUUGCUUUUAUUUCUUUCCUAUGUUUGUAAAACUUUUAUUUACAGCUCUGAAAAGCCUUACCAUUUUCAGAACAUUGCUUGUGCCCAUGGACUACCUUUCCCAAUGUCCUAAAUGUCUGGGCCAAGAACUUCCUCAAAACAAUGGUGUACCACAGUGACGUUUCUUGCCCAUGUAGAAAGAUACAAGGACCUUAGAAAUGAACCAGUCAGAGGGAAAACACUGCAACAGGGCUUGCAAAAAAAUACCAUAGAUUAGGUCUUUGAAGAGAGCUGACGAAGGCUACUCUCCUAACCUCUGUAGUGCAGACACUCCUCUCCAUUAGAAGACAAUGCUCUAUUGAUCCUGUACAGUUAAGCACAACUGACAAAGUUGUAUCUAAGAUUCCUCAAUGUAUCUAAUUUACUACAGCUAGCUAAACAAAAUGAUAAAAAUAAGAAAAGUACAAAAAAGACAUGUAGGAACUGAAUUAAUAACUAAUCAGUUAUUACUAACUAGUCAGAAUCUUUGGAUUCAAGUCCAAGGUUUUUCUGACAGGAAAAAAAAAAAAAAAAGUGAAAACUUCGAUUGAAAAUGGUUCUGAGCUGUCGGUUAACCAUUCAGAGAUAAGAUAUACAGUAUGUGUGUACUUUAUUGUUCUUUCUUUCAUACUGAACAUUCUUUAUUUUUCAAAUUUCCAUUAUGGUUUGAAAUAACUGACUAUUGGACUUGACUCUGGGAACUGAGAGGAUGAUGUAAUCUGUUCUACUUUGCCUUGAGUUGGACUAUGUAAGGUGUGCUGACAUUUCUGUCAAAUAUGUGGCUAUGAGAGGAUAUUUUUAUUUAAAUAUUAUUAUUUCUGAAUGGGGUUGGUUUGGUGUGGACGAUGCACCAAUGAUGGGAACAAUAAUGCUUGGAUUUUAAAAAGAAAAACUUGUUCACUUGUUAUGUGAAGUCAAAUUAUACAGCUUAAAAUCAUCCUUCCCAUUCAUAAAAUGUAAUUUGAGAUUGUUACACAGUACAAGAUAUUUUUAUCAUUGCAUUUUCUUUGCAAUGAAAACACAAAUUAAGUUCACAUGGAAGCAGAGGAAAUCUAAUGUGGUUGCCUUUGGACUGCAUUGUGUACUCUCACUGUUAUAAGUGAGUAAUUUGUAAAUUUUUGGAAAGGGGUGUGCUUAAUGUAAAUGUAUGCUGUUGUUUUUUGCUGUGUUUUUUUCUCAGUAUUUUAGUCUACAGAACUGUCAUUGCAACCUAUGGCACUACUGAUAACUCGAGCACUUCUACACUUACACGAUACAGUUGCUCAUAGUCCCAAAUCAGCGUACUGAAUAGUUAUUUACAACAACAGAAAUCGAGCUAGCAUUGCACAUUACACUGGAUCUGUAGAGAGGCACAAACAGACGUUUUAAACCAUAAUCCGCAAGUAUGGGACGCCAAAAGCAUGUUUUGUAUGUUGUCUGGUAUCUGGAAAAAGGAGACGUUUGGCCAGGAGACAUUUGGCCAAAUACAGUGCCUGAUAAAACAACACCUCCUAGUAGGAGUUGAAGCUCCAAAACAUGAAACCAGGUCCAUCUUUUUGUCAUUAUGCUAACUGCAUGUCCACUGUUUUGAAAUAUUGCAUCCUUUGCAAAAUACGACUCUGGCAUUAUAGAUGUUUGCAGUUCUAAGACUUUUGCCACAAUUCCAAUUAUUUUGGUCCAUUUGCUUUGCCAAAUGACUCAUAAUAUGGACACAUACAAUUGAUUAGAUUACUUGCUCUAAUUCGUGAAGCAUUCAAUGGUUAGGUUAUUGCUAUACUGGGGGAGAAAUAUUCAGCAAGACAAAAAAAUAAAACAAAAUUGUGGCAGCACAUCUCUAGUACUAGAGAAGGGAGCACAACCAUUAUCUAUGUGGUGUUACAAGUGGCAUAAUUGUAUGGAAUUAUCACUAACCCCUUAUAACAAGGUUCAGGCUCAUCCUAGUAUGUGUGCCAACUGUGCUUACUCCAGAUGAUACUAACACGUCUCUCCCUGCAAAUUGUUUCUGGGUUAUAGAGCUCUGAAUCCACAUUUAGGUGAUUAACCCCUCUGGUCUAACUCUGUACUACCCCACAACUGCACAAAGACAGAUUUGGUGUGAAAGCUAUCAGAGUGUUUCACUUAUCAAAACUUCCAACACUCCACUCUUUUAUCUCCUCUUCAUUCUCCCCCACUUAUAAAGAUAAAUAUGACCAGAGGCGAUUCCCUCAUAUAAACAAGGAGGAGCAACUGUGCUAAUCUCUCACUUGAACUGCAAAGAUCUUGAGGUUUUAACCCAGAGGAAGAGUUUUGAUUUGCACCAACUUGACAAUCCCUCCCUGCCAUCCAAGUACAAGAAACACUGUGGGCAUGAUGCCAUUGAGUCAGUCGCCGCUGUAAGCACUUUAUGUAUGAUUAUAGUUGUGGCAUUUCAGUGGGUUUAAUACAUGAGUGCUGUUGGAUGAGUCUAAUUUUACAAAUGUAUUGGUGCCCAUUGUGAGGCUUAGCCACGAUAAAGGCUAUUUCAAUCCUGAUAAUACAGCUCAGUCCUUGCUACACUGUAUAUAAAUCCCUCAUGCUUUCUGAGUGUAAAUUUGCAGUUAUUUUGCAUUGUUCUUCAGUCAAUUUGAGUGGUUAAGUGUAGGAAGCAAAUCAGGCCAUUGAUACUGUACAAACGAUCACUUACAGAGGCUUUUGUUCAAGAUGUUGAUGCAGAAGUGCAUCCUGACAUCUGUACGACAUCAGGAUUGGUUUGCAGCCAUCGACCUGAAGGAUGCGUACUUUCACGUAUCGAUCCUUCCUUGACACAGACCCUUUCUUCGGUUUGCCUUCGAGGGACGAGUAUACCAUUACAAGGUCCUCCAUUUUGGUCUGUCCCUGUCUCCUCGCGUCUUUACCAAAGUCGCAGAGGCCGCCCUGGCCCCGCUGAGGGAGAAGGGCAUCCACAUUCUCAAUUAUCUCGAUGACUGGCUGAUCCUAGCUCACGCACAGGGACCUUGUGCUUCGGCACCUCAACCGACUGGGUCUUCAGGUCAAUUGGUAAAAGAGCAAGCUCUGUUAAAAUUGAGUGCUCACAUUUUACUUACCCUGGCCUAUCGCUCUGGUAUUGAUAGCUAGGAAUAAACAAUUUCCUAAAAGGUGAAAUGAAAAUAUACAGACCUAAAGAAUCCUUUGUGCCCAGGACACAACAAUCAACCUUGCAACGUGCAUUGAGUUUAUAUCUGCAAAGUACCGAAAAAAUACUUUCCUGUUAUUAAUUUAAGAUGUGGACUUUAAGAGGAAUCAAGGCAAAUCAGCCGUAUCUUACUUUAGCUUUUUCUUUUUUUUUUUUUUUUUUUUUAAGGUAUUUUAGCAUUAAAUUCAUAAAUUCCAAAAUCAUUUUAAACACAGUUUGUUAACCCUAUUUGGUAUGCAUUAUGGUCAAGUGAUGGACUUCUUUUAUGGAUUUUUUUUUUUUUUUAAUAAUUAUAUGAUUAUGUUAAAUAAAUACAUAAAAAAUUGCUCCAAUAACACAAGU